UCCCGUUGCUUAUCACCAGCAGGAAGCAUACACACAAGUUCAAAUUUCAAACUUUAAAGAAACAAUAGAGAAAGAGAUAAUGCACAACUUUUGUAACCAAAGGAGUUCAAAAAAAGCUACUUUUUUCUUGCACAUUCUUCUAGUUUAUUUUUUUCUUUAAUUACAGUUCCAUGUGAACAGUUCGUCUUCUCAUGGAAAUCUCCAAAUUCCACCAUCUGUUUGCCUGUGCUGUGAGUGCAGAUUUGCAACAGUGGGAGUUGUACAUUGAGCAGUGGCAACAACCCAUUCUUCAAGACACCACACUCCCUGAGUGGUAUCGGAUCACUCUGUUCAACGAGUUAUAUUAUUUGGUUGCAGGUGGAAGCAUAUGGAUAGAUGGACCUGUUCUCCCGGAAGAGAGUGAAUGUGAGGAAUCUGAGGAACCGUGGCUUACUGGGAAGGAAGUUGAUGAUGCGGGUUAUCAAGGAAUGACAAUGCGCAAUCUUACUUCCCAAUCGAGGUCGCCAUCUUCAUCAUCACCGACCAGCAGAUGCGAGGAGACGUCAAAAAGAUCUCUUGGGGGGAAGACAGCAUCUCGACUUUCUGAUAGCGGGCAAAGUCUGCUACCCAAUGGGAUGCCGAUCUAUGAUCACGUCAAUUGUGUUGGAGGUGAGAAUGGAGUAGCAAGAGGGUCCGUUGCUCGGAACAGCAAUUCAGAGCUUGCGAGUGACAGAGCUGGAAAUGAUCCGUGCAUGGGGGAGGCGAACAGGAUUGUUGCCGAUAGGAAUGUGUCCAGGUGCUUGGAACUCUCCGAGAUGGAGACUGAAAAGAAGCGCGGUGAGAGAACUCAGGAUGACAAGACGGAGGCCGAGGAGGAGUCAAUUGGGCGGUUCCUGUAUCUGGAGGGCAUAGAAUAUCUCAUGUGGAAUACAGUAGACACGAGGGGUGGUACUACUACCAAGCCUUAUACCCAGGAGCAGGAGGAGGAAAUGGCGAGGAUCUUGGUCGAGCGAAGGGCCAAGCAAGAGAAGAAAGAGCUCCUCAAGCAAGCGAAGCUGAAGGCUAUAGCAGAGGAGCAAGAGGCGAAGAAGAAGAAGAUAGAAGAGGAGAUGAUGAGGUUGCAGAAGGAGAAGAUGCCGAGGUUGCAAGAGGAGGAGGAAGAGAAAAGAAAGGCUGUUGAAGAAGAAGCGGCAACAGAGGAAGAGGUAGAAGAAGAACCCUCGAGAGAAGGCGCAGGGAAAAAAGAGGGGAUACGAGUGGCACCAAGGGAGAAGACGCCUGGAUGGAGAAGAAGAUCAGCAAAACGCCAGACAACGGAGGAUGAGAAGAAGUCGGAGUGGAAAUUACGAAUGAUGAGGGAGAAGAAGAGGAGGAGAGAGGAGACCAAUCGGGUGGCGAGAGAAGUAGAGAAAGUCCGAGCUUGCAGACAGGAGGUGCAGACACAAGCAGAGGUCACCGCAAAGUUAGAUAAGAUUAUGGGGUACCUUGAGGUCCUGAGCGAGGCCUGGCUAGAGGAGCAUCAGGCCAAUAAGGGUCAAGAUGUGACCCUUCAUGCCAUCCGAUCUGGGAUUAGAGAGUUCGUGCACGACGUGGUGACCCACGUCAGGACCGAGGUCAGGAAAUUAAAGGAAGGCGCAAACAAGUUUUGCACCGGCGCCAUUGGGGGCGCCAAAGUAGUGCCCACAGCAGAGACGGCAGCGCGUUCCCGCAAAGAGCCCGUGAAGCUAAAGUUCCCUGAUGCCUAUAGUGGGAAGAAGGACGAUAACUUUGACAACUGGGAAGCCAGUGUCAAUACCUAUGUGUAUUUGCAGCAUAUCGCCCCCGAGGAGCAGGUCCUCGUCGCCUUCCAUGCAUUAAAGGAUGAAGCGGCAAGCUUCGCCAGGUCCCUAGCGCGCGCCGCCGAUUGCGAGCACAACAUGAUUGCGUAUUUGCGGCUCACCCCUCUCUCCACGUUCCUUAGACUCCUGCGUGAGAGGUUUGCUGACGUCACGAGAGGCGUCAGGGUUUCUGAUAAACUCCAAACCAUCCACUCGCGACAGUGGAAGAGUGCGCGAGCACUCAAAGCUGUCAUGGAUGACUUGGUAGCCGUCCCGGACCAUGGUGUCACUGAGACCCAGUUGGUCCAGUUGUUUUAUCGUGCCAUGCCAGAGCCCUUGCGAGGGCAUUUCUUUGACAAGACCCAACAGCCCAACAUUACGUAUGAUGAGUUGAGUAGGGAGGUGGUCUUGUAUGAGGCGAAGUCCAUGCCAGUUACCACUUUUUGGCACAAGGACUUGGACAAGGGCAAAAAGUGGAAGGGUCGUACCAUCUCUGGCCAAGUUAGGGCCAAGGAUCAUCGGAUCCUCACCUUAGAUGAAGGUGGUACAGACGAGGUCCCCUACAGCCAGAUUGAGUGGGGCCUCGAGGAGGAGGACAGUAGCUUAAGUCAGGGGGGGUCCUUUGCAGCUGUUGUGGCUGGAGGGAGGCCGCAAGGGCCAAAGGGGCCAGGCCAUGGGAGGCGGAGGAUCGGGCGCACAGGGGGUUGGCGGUCAAGGGAACCGCCAAGUGGGAGGUUGUUCAAGAAAGAGGCAAUCUGGCAAUGGGAUGAAGACUGUACGUCUGCGCUAAAGAAGUUAAAGCGCGCAUUAAUAAAGUACCCUGUCCUCAAAGUACCAGAUUCGUCUUUGCCAUUUGUCGUCACCACGGACGCGAGUCGUUAUGGGAUAGGCGCCGUGUUACAGCAGGACGAAGGCAAUGGCUACAGACCCGUAGAGUUCAUGUCCGCGAGGAUGCCCUCAGAGAAGGUCGCUACCUCAACGUACGAUGUUCACUUCUACGCGUCGUUUGCAUUAAUAUACUUGUUUCCAAAAUUAGAACUGAGUUUACAACGAGACAUGGCCAGAGCCAUUCUUGAGGAGGUUUCCGACGAGGUCAUGUUCUUAGCGGGCGGCGAACUAGGAAUGCGGAAGGUGGCAGGAUGCGUGCCUCACGACAUGGGAAUCUCCAAUCCAUGGAUCAGGCUGAACGCCUACAAUAUUCAUGAUACCAGCCGUUGGAAGGACCUUAAUUCCAAGUUCGUCUUGCAGGUCUACAGAGAUUAUGUUGUGACCGGGGACAUGGGGCCAGCACAAGGACCCAGUGCCUAUUGUGGCGGACUGUGGAUAGCCGCUCUUCAAGCUGCUGCAGCUCUUUCGGAAGCUGUCGGCGAUAAGGAGAUGUCGGAACGAUACGCGUCCAUCUUUCUAAAGGGGCGGGAGGCCUAUGUGGAGAAGCUGUGGAAUGGAAGGUACUUCAACUAUGACAGCAGCCAAGGAAAUGGGAAGACAUGCAUUCAAGCAGACCAAAUGGCUGGUCAAUGGUACACUUGGGCGUGUGGAUUGCGCCCAUUAUUUGAAGGGAACAAGGCACAGAGAGCACUGGAGACAGUUUUCAACAACAAUGUCAUGAAUUUUUGCAAUGGAAGAAUCGGUGCUGUCAAUGGAAUGUACCCAAAUGGCAAGGUCGAUUCUGGAAGCAUGCAAUCAAGGGAGGUGUGGACAGGUGUCACUUACGGAGUGGCUGCGGCGAUGAUUUAUGAGGGACUGGCAAAGGAAGCUUUUAUUACUGCAGAGGGCAUUUUCCGAGCAGGCUGGUGCGAGUAUGGGUAUUGGUUCCAGACUCCAGAGGCGUGGACAUUGGAUGGUCGCUUCCGGUCACUGACGUACAUGAGACCUCUGGCGAUCUGGGCCAUGCAGUUUGCGCUCAACCCGCCAGAGCGGACAGCAAGAGCGAUUGCAAAUCUCCGCAACGGUUUUGCAGCAGCCAUUGCAGAUUAAGAUGCUGCGAAAAUGCCGAAAAGCUCAUGAGCAGAUGCAUCAGAAGAUGGCUCAUCGGAGGCUACAACGCCACAAAACGAAUGCUCCCGGAACG